AUGUCUGAACCGCAACCUCAGCCCAAGCCGCGCACAAGAAAGGUCACUACUCGUUCGCGUAAUGGAUGCUGGACCUGUCGAGCCCGGCGCAAGAAGUGCGAUGAGAAACGGCCGUUCUGCACUCCCUGUGAGCCUAUCCCGGUGCAUCCCAAGGAUGUGCCUGGCGGGAAGAACGAGCAGUCUGCGUCCUCUUCUGCAGCUCAACCGGCUCGUAUAUCGACUGGAAACGCUGGUGGAGUGAAGCAGAAGAGUCCCAGGGGCAGCCCAACGGCCAAUAUAGGGUCGCUCUCGGAGUGCAUGGGAGUCUUGAACUUCUCUGUGCCUCCAACGCAGACGAGGACGAGUUCUCCUUCGCCAAAGGUCAAGUCAGAGAAGUCUACUGCUGCUGCUGCUGCUGCCGCUGCAUCUUCUUCUCCAGUUGAAAGGUCUCCGUCCGUGGCUACGUCAAACUCGCUGGUGACGGCUAUACCGCUCAGCCCCUUUGACGAGGAGAUAUUUGAAGAAUUUAAAGAAUGGGGAUCCCAGUAUCUGGCAGAGGCCGGACAGUCUCCCUUUGGAGAUAUUCUUGCAUUCUGCUCCGAGUCCAGGUCGUUGAUAGCGAACUGCCUCAUGUUUCAACUGACCUUGCAUCCCGAGCAUGAAGAUAAAUUCGAAGAAUACUAUGCAAAGUCGCUCAGGCUCUUCCGUGAGGACAUGAAUCGUUGCAUGAAAUGGACCAUUCAUCUUAAUGGCCUUUAUUCGAUAAUUCGAUAUCGCAACACACUCUCUGCUCCAAGCCAUAUCAGCUCCGAGAUUCUAGACAGCAUCGGCUUCUUCGACCUUCCCACGCAUGUUCUAGGCCGAGCAACGAAGCCCUUGAAUAUAUGGAGAGACUACUGUCGUGGUAAAAGCGGGAUAGAGCCGAACAGCAAUAUACCAUUCAGCUUAAUAGAUCUUCUCUCCCUGGUUGGCCAGACAGGGGUUGAGAUGCAGUUGUGGACAUGGCAGUGGAACGAUGGCGGUAACGAGAGCUCUGGCCGAAACGCACACCCACCUAGCCUGUUGACCCGACUGGCAUGGGACGCCACUCGUUUGGCGGGAAUUAUCUCCUCGAGGGAAUAUAAAUUGCUCAACCACGUUGAGAUUACGGACCUUUCUGCCUCGGACCCAUAUAAGUCACCACAAAGUGAAAAUGAUGGCUGUCCGCCUACGCCGUUCCUCGUUGAGGCAAUACUAUCUAACCUUACUACGAUUCUCACCACAGACUCCUCACAGCAACCGCAGCAGCCCUAUAGCCAGGAUAGGCAGCACCAGCAACCGUCACAGGAGGCGUGCGAGGUGCUUAAUCUCUUACUUUACCCUGCCUUUGUGGCGGGGAACCAACCUACCCUGCUCACGCCGCAGCAUAAACAACGUAUCGAAGUGUUUUGGCAAGAGUUGUUUCCGGACAUGGGUGCUGACGGGCCGGGAACACCACAUAUCCAGGUACCGUUGGACAUUCUGAGAGAUCUAUGGAGGGAUGCGAGGGGCAGGACUGCAGAUAUGAUCGCCAAAGAGCGUGGGGUAGAGAUUGGGCUGUUCUAA